AUGGCAAUGGUUACUUCAACACUUCAUCAUUGUUGUUCUCUCUUUCUUCUCCUUCUGCUUCUUCCUCUCGUUCCCACUGUUUUUACCUACACCAAAGAUGACUGUAACAUAUUGCUGAACUCACCGGCUUCAGUUACAGACCAAGAUAUUAAUCCAUUAUUCACGUCGCGUUCAGGUGAAUUUUCCUUUGGAUUCCGCCGUUUUCAAAUCAAUGAUAAAGAGUCUCAAUUCUUGCUUGCAGUUUGGUUUACUAAAACAGAGGACCAAACCAUAGUUUGGUCUGCAAAUGGCAAUGAUCCAGCACCACAAGGUUCUACACUGACGCAGAAUAGCAGCAGUGCAUUUGUUCUCAAUGACCCUAAUGGCAAUGAGUUAUGGAAGGCUCCAGGGAAUGGUUCCAAAUCCAGUUGUGCGGCUAUACUGGACAAUGGGAACUUGGUGAUUUUAGAUGAGCAGUAUAAUUCUAUAUGGGAAAGCUUCAAAGAGCCUACUGAUACGAUUUUGCCUGGCCAAAUACUGUCCAUGAAUACCACACUCAGGUCUCACCAAUCUAUUACAAAUUAUUCUUAUGGCCGCUUCCAGCUUUCUUUACAGCUUGAUGGCAAUCUGGUGCUUUAUUCUGUAAAUAUGCCAUCUGAAGUUCUUAAUCAUGCUUAUUUUGCCACCAUGACAAUGUUCUGGGAAUCACAGUUGAUCUUUACUGAAGCCGGAUACAUGUAUGUCCAAGAUGCGAACAAAUCAACUAACAUUUUCAACCUUACUCAACAAGAUCCAGGCUCAAAAGACUCUUUCUACCACAUGGCUAGGAUCGAUUAUGAUGGGGUCUUCAGAAUAUACAAACCUAAGACAGCAGGACACAAGUUGUGGAAGCUGUCCUUCAACAUGGGAUCCAGUGCAAGGCAUUCCUGGUAUUACUGA